AUGAACUCCUUGAGGCAGAGGUCAUGGAUUUCAAGUGAUGCCAAUCAAGAAACUCUGAAACCCAGACUUAUACAACGGAAUAAGGGCCAGACCACUUUAGAAGCAGAAAUCCAAGGAGUUAUGGAUCAGGUUCAUUCUUUGUAUGGUGAAAAUAAAACCAGUCACAGCAUUGACACGUCCUCCACCAACAUGAAUUCAUCUUUUGGUGUUUUGACAGAUGUCUACUCUGUCUUCCAAUCACUGCUGAGAGAGGGGUUUAUUGAUGAUCUUCCAAAAACCUUAGUUUGCAUUCUAUCUGAAAGACACGAUUGUGGAGAGGAUGCAGAGCUAACAAAAACAGUUUCUCGUGAAUUGGGUAAUCCGCUGCUGAUGUUAUUAUCAUCCCUGAGAUCCAAGACAUGCGCUCCUCUAAAUGAUGGAGAGCAUAGCAGUUUUGUGAAUGCCCACCUAAGGGCGGGAGAAUCCGCUGCUACAACACUGAUCAACUUUCAGCAGACUAUUUUAAACAUUUUAGAAAGAUUGCCUCUGUCUGCAACUUUUGUGAAUGCAGCAAGUGGUGUGGUGGAUGCAGCUAUUUCCUACAUCUCCAACAUCAUGGCGACAUUAAUUAAAGUACCAAUGGAUUUUGUCAAAAUUGCAUUGCAAUUUGGAAUAAGAAUUCCAUCUCUAAAUAACAAAGAGACAUGUGAGCAAGGAGAUCUCAAGCAACUGAUAAUGUGGGGAAUGAAUCACAAUGUAAGCUGGUCCUUCACCAAUUCAUUCAUUGAUAUCAUUUUGGAGAACCUCAUGACUCCAGAACACUCUGUUUGCACAUAUCCAGGUCCAGAAUGCCACAGUCCUCGUUCCUUGAAACAGACCUACUUAGAAUCAGACACUGAUAAUACCCAUGACAUACUCCUGAGAUGUGAUCGCAAUAAUCUAUCCCAGCUCAAUGAUACACUUUGUGCUGAAAUUCUCAAUGGCUCGAGAAAACAGACGUCCACAUCAGUUCUUGUCUUAUGUCAGGCACUCAGUUUGCUCAGUACCCGGGAGAUUCAGCUGGUAUGGAGCAAUAUGUGCUAUGUUAUUCAGGCGCUAGUGUCCCCAAUCCUCCGCAAGUCGUCGGACUGCAGUAUUGGAGACCCACAUCUCUUUUCUGCGAGUAGCCCACAUGCCUCCCUCACACUUCACCGAAAAGCCAGAGAAGCACCCAACUUCCUAUUGCUUGAUUGCAACUACGAUAGCUGGUUUGAAAACCAGACGGUGGAUGCCAUCCUUGUUUCUCUGUGCAGCGACAAUGAACGGGAGGAGUUUGUGAGCCAUGUGUGUAAUAAUGCUUCACUCAUGAGAAAGUUGCUUUCAGACCAGUUGAACAGUUGGUUGUAUGGGUACUGUGCAAAUUCCACAGCAGACCACAACUACCUCGUGGGUCAGUUCUGCGUCUAUGAACAGUGGAUUGUUCAACCUACAGUUGUGAUAAAGCCACACCUCUUGGAGUUCUGUAAGAGUCUGGAUAGCCCAAGACUUACAAAACUGAUCUGUGAGCACAUUGGCUUCUUUAUGUUGUUAUUUUCCAACCCAGAAAAUGCAAGGUUUAUGCCAAACUGCUCGAUUACGCCAGUUCCACAACCGUUUCCUUCCCCGGAUCCACUUUUGCAACUAUCGUGUCACUACUCAGACUGGAAAGAUGUGAUGCAUAUUACGACGGAUAUUUUGGCACAUUGUAUUCGCAUUGAUCCCACAGAUUUUGCAGAGAAGGUUUGCACCAACAAAACAUUUCUAGACAGACUGUUAGGUAAUCAGGACAAUGCCUGGCUUGUGGGUCACUGCAACACUGCUUUGGUUUUUCCAACUACUGUGGCUCCCAGACCCUUUCACAUCUUGGACUGGUGUAACUACAACUCAUGGAAGAAUCGCCAGGUGGAUGAUUCAGUAGUGGGACUGUGCUGGCAGCAUGACCAGCUUGCUUUUCAAAGGAAUGUCUGCUGCGAGCCGUCUUUGUUUAAUCAACUUAUACAGAACCCCCAGAACAAAUGGCUGACAACAGUAUGCACCGACAAGGAAAAGGAGGAAAUAGAGGUUAUACGACAGGUGUGCAAGUAUUCUGAAUGGACUCGCCCCAUCGUUGUUGACAUGACAGAGUUGGCUCUCUGUAGUGAAAGGGACACAAAAAACUUUACCUCCAAAGUCUGCUCUAAUGAAACAAUCCUGCAGAACCUGAUGCUUAAUCAAGACAACACUUGGUUGAUUAAGUACUGUGCCAAUCAUUCAAAUGAAGGUAAAGAUGGAGAGGAUGGAGGAGAUGGGUCAGGAUUCAUCCCUGCAGAGCAUUGCCAGUAUUCUACCUGGAGUAUAUCCCUUCCAGAUGCAGUGCUUUUGACUCUCUGUUGGCAGCACGACCAGUUCAACUUUGUCUUAUCCAUCUGCUCAAAUCCUGCCCUUCUCUACUUGUUGACACAGGAGCCAUCUAACAUAUGGGUGAGCACCAUGUGUUCCACCUAUGUCAAUCACACGACCACAACUAACAAAACUUCAGAAAAACUUUGCUUGGCCAAGCAAAUAGUUAAGCACUUCAACUGGACCUGUCCUGUUGACUUCAGCGCAGUCUGCCAGCCUGGGGCAAGCCAGGACCUGGUCAUGUACUUGAUUAUACGCUGCUGGGCACAGAGUCUGAGGUCCAGGGUGGCACAUCUGGUGACUCCAGCUAUUGCUUCAGUGUUGGAACAAGCUGUCAGCACCUCUGUUGUAGUUUUGCUUGCAAUGGAGGAGAUCCAGAACACUUCACUGUAUGUCACUAAAAAUAUACGGAUUACUGUCCUAGACUCUGUGGUUCGGUAUCUCGAGAGGGAGAACAACUUCAACAAAAAGAGGGUCUUGUUACAGUGUUUUGGGACAGUACUAACAAGCUUGAUGCAGACAGAACAGAAUGGAACUCAUUACGAAUCUCAAAUUAUUAAGGAAUACUUCAGCUUACCAUUGGCCAACUUGAAGUCAGUACUUAGUACUGCUCACAUCAAAACUAUCAGACUGAUUCUCCAAUACUAUGCAAUAAAACAGCAUACACUGAAGCUGACAGAUGUGUACCUGUCCACCCUGACAUCAGUGCUGUUCCAGAGCCAUCUGGCAAAGGAUGCAAGUCUCUUUUCAGAGCUCGCGCCCCUUUUCAAAGCAGCAAACCCUGUUGACAUCUAUACUUUGCCAUCCCUGCAAAACAACGACAAUGUGAGAGAAACCAUAAACGAGAAUUUAGGCCGUUUGUCUGCAGAUCAGCAGAGAGCCUUUGGAUUGUGGUACAGCAAAAUUUUGCCCCCUUCCAAAAUCACUGAAGCUCAUCAGUCCUUCAUCAGGGACACUGGAAAUUUGAUCGCUUACCUGCCCUUCCACAACUUCCAACACCUCUCACCUGCUCAGCUUUUAGAUGGACUGGAAGUGUUACAAAGAAACAACCUGACUUCACUGAAGCAAGAAUUUGUGGCGCAGAGUAUCAUUGGUGCCUACAAAAACCUGACCGCUCAAGACUUCAUCAGACUAGGCAGUCUCACAUGUCUAUCAGAGCCAAGUGACAUCCUGCCAUACAAAGGCAGUGAGGCCUUCAAUGUAAUCUGGGAUGUCCUUAUGAACUGUUCCCACAACGGCCUCAACCUACCGAGUCACCUGACCUCCAGUCUGUUAUUGAACAGCACUGAGUUACAGAUUCCAUCUUCCCUGAGUCCAGAUAGACUGGCAGACAUGGCACCCCUUCUUCCCUCUCUGGGUGUGACUUUCCUGCUGGGCCUCUCCUCCUCGCAGCUUCUUGCUACGCUUCCUGCCCUAAAAGAUGUGUCUUUUAGUCCUGCCCAGGCCUCCAUCAUCGUUGACAAACUUUCAUUUAUUACUUCACUGAGUGCUCCAGGUCGCCUAAAAGAGCUCGGCUUUAUUGCUAUAGGAGUAAAGACGGAGACGUUAUCGUUGAUGCCAUCUGAUAGGCUGCUAUCAUCACUACCUGACAUGGCCCAGCACUCAGUGGGCCUCCAUCCACCACAAGCAAAUGUCAUUGCCACCAAACUAUGGGGCUUUCCAGAGGUGAUCUAUUGGUUGGAUGAUGUCGAGCCACUGCUUUAUUGCACUCCACUUCUUAGUAUCCUAUCCAGAGCUCGCCUACUAAUGGACAACAUCUCCAGUGCAUCCACAAAACCAUGGAAUGCACAGCAGGCUAAAGCAUUAUUAAAAACAGUAGUGAAUACAAGAUCAAACCUUUUUAAAGAUGUGCUGAGUCUCGGGACGCUGGGACAGGGUUUGAGCUGCUAUGUCUUGCAGCAGCAUAUCAGGGCUGAUAGCUCACCUGAAGCAAUUCGGAAAAUCUUGGCCCUCUUUAGGCAGCAGCCGAAUCCUCUGCACACCUCUCUGAAAAAGUGUAUAAUCCAGGAGGUGUAUCAAUUUGAGUUCUUCUCUGAACUGCUUGAAGACUUGGGAGUGGAGAUCGCUCUCUCUAUGCCGGUGAGCACCAUUAAGAAGUUCCCUUUUUAUAUGAUGGACACAUUGCGUAAAAUGAUAAUUAAGGAUCCCGUUCCCUUUUUGAUGAUGUCAAAAACAGAACAGCUUCUACUUGUGGACAAGAUGAUGCAGAGGCUGGGCAUGUACACUGGAGUGUACACUGAGUAUGAGUUCCGAUCUCUGGGCAUUAUGGCCACGUUUGUUGCGGAUGAGAUUCUGGUCCAGCUGGACCGUACAUUCUUCAUGGACAAUCUAGAUUUUCUCCAGACCCUCUGCUACAGCGGCAGCAAGAUGGACAUUGUGGCUCGUAUGCUGCUGGAACAUGAUCUAUUUGGCUCUGCGGUCAAGGACUGGAACCAAACUACAAUCAGUCAGAUAAAUCGUUUUUUAUUUUUCCUUCCUCAGGACCAAUUGCAGGAGAUUUCCUUGGGUUUGAUGACUGUUGGCCGUAUUGAGAAGCUGUUCAUGAGCCAGCGCCAGUGGGAGCAAGGGGUUGUGGGUCUUCAUUGCUUAGAUGAGACUGAGAAGUUGUGGUUUGCUGAAAAGCAGCAGUUUCUUCUUCAGUUCUUUUUAGGGUUCCUAAAGAUAGAUCUGCUCUCACCGCCUCCUAUGGCUCCAACUUGUGAGAUUCUGCAUACAACAGGUCCAUUUGCUUGGACCUCUGACAGCCUGACAAGCAUGUCACCAUCAGCCUUCAGAAACUGUCUGGAGCUGAUUGGCCAUGAUGCCCGUCUUGCAUCUUACCAACGUAGUCAAGUCUUUGAAAAAGUUAAAAAUAUGUUUGGCCCAGUUUCUUCCUUCUCCCAGUCUGUCAUCAGCCAGAUGGGCCAACUAGCACUGGAAAUGUCACCAGAGGAGAUCAGCAGGCUGCGACUAACUGAGAGGAGUAGCAUUGCUGCUAUGGGUGCUAUCAGUGAGUGGACUAACACACAGCUGGUUGCACUGUUCACAUCAACAAUGAACUCCACCAAGAUGAACCCGAGCCAACUUGACUCCAGCACGCUGGUUGCAAUUGGAUACAUUGUGUGUGGAGCUAAAGCAACAGAAAUGAGUUCUUUUAAUGCUGUUGAGUUCAGCAAGGCAGUGCUGUGGCUUGGUCAGCUAAAGCUGUCAUGCUCAGAAGAACAGAUGUCAGCACUUGUGCGCCUUCUGACCCAUAGUCUGGCUUUUGGACCAAUAAGUUUAUGGGGAAUGGAGGUCUUUAUCGAGAUUGGAAUUUUGGCGGCUGCUCUCUCAGAUUGGGUCUUGUCAUCCUUGGUGCAGGAGCAAAUACAAGGAAUAACACCUCUGGCUAUCUCGCGGAUAUCACCAGAAAAAUUUGCUGUUGUGUUUGAGCCGCGGAAGAUUAGCAUGUUCUCUUACGAGCAGGCUGCUGCAGUAACAGAGGAGCAAAUUUCAGCUUUGACAGAGGUUCAAUGGACGGCUCUCUUUAUGGUGCUGUCACCCUGGGAGGAUAGGCAUGUGGACUUUAGAGGGAGGUCACAGGGAGUGAUGCUGAGUCCCAGUUGCCCGUACCUGAUCCUGGGCCUGCUGAUGGUGCUGAUCAUCCAGCCUGACCUGGUUUUAUGA